AUGGUUCGAAUUUUGUGCUUACACGGAACCGCCAUCAACUCGGCGAUCUUCCAAGCGAAGACCGAGAAAUUGAGGACAUUUCUUCCUGACGACUAUGAGUAUGAUUUCUUUGACGGCGACAAGGAGGUCGUACCCCAGAAAUUCUUGGGCGAGGUCUUCCCCGGUCCGUACUUGACCUAUAUCUCUUUCUUAACGACGGAAGAGAUCGGCAAUGCCCUCGAGAGAAUCGAGGAGUAUAUCGAGGAAGAGGGACCGUUCGACGGCAUUAUGGGGGUCUCCGAGGGCUCAAUGCUGGCAUCGUCUCUUAUUCUUAAGCAUCAGAACGAAAAGCCGUCGGCGCCUCCUCUCUUCCGCUUCGCUAUAUUCAUUGCGGGUGCGCUGCCAUUCACAUGGAGCUCGCAAUACGGCCACGAUGUGUACGGCCUCUUGAUGAGCCAAAACCCCCUGUCUGUUGAGGCGGAGGACUGGAUCAACCUGGCCACAAAGGAGAACAUCAAGCCCACCGAACUCCAGUUUUUGGGCGACACCAUACUGACGGACAUGUUCCCGAACUGGGAGCAGCGACGCCACGAGCUCCACGACAUGCACACGAACCCCAAGAACUCGCAUCUCAAACCGCACUGCUACCAUCCAGACAUCACCGACGAGCGCAUCAUGAUUCCCACCGCGCACACAUGGGGCACCCGGGACAUCUUCAUCGGCCAUGCAGUCGGCCUCUACAAGCUGUGCGACCCAGAGACAGCUUCGAUGUACCUCCACGAUGGUGACCACGACGUCCCCCACACGGUGGAGCACAAUCGCAGAUUCAGCGAGAUUGUCAAGAAAACUAUCCUGAGGAGCGAUUUCGCCCUUUGA